ACUUAACAAAGAGGUUUUCAUUUCCUCCCGAUUCUCCUUUUCCCUAAGCAUCAGUAAUGGCGGAAGCAGUCCUUUCUGCUCUCCUUCAGGUGGUUUUUGAGAAAUCCUCUCAAAUCUUUGACGAGUGUGCAGCUUUAUAUGGCACUAGGAAAGAGAUGAAAAGGCUUCAAGGUGUGCUGUCUACAAUUCAAGCUGUCCUGGAAGAUGCAGAAGAUCGGCAAGUAACGGACAAGGCAGUGAAAAUUUGGUUGCUAAAGCUUAAAGACGUAGCUUAUGAUCUUGAUGACUUGUUGGAUGAGUAUAUGACAGAAGCAUUACGGCGCAAAUUGAAGUUUCAUGAUCACAUGGAGUUCAGGGGUUGCAUCGUCAGUGAGGUACGCAAUCUCUGUUCACCCUCAAAUCCUUUACUCUACCAUUAUAGAAUGAAAAACAAGUUGGAGAAGACGGUGGAUAAAUUAAAUGGGAUUGCGGAUGAGAGGUUCAAUUAUCAUCUGAGAGUUGUAUCUACUGACCCUGGUGGGGAAUCCUUUGCAAGACUGCAAACGGAUUCAUACUUAGUAGAAUCUGAAGUUUUUGGUAGAGAUGCGGACAAAGAAAAGAUUGUACAGUUUCUUAUUAGUCCAACCGGUAAAGAAGAUGUUUCAGUACUUCCCAUAGUUGGACUGGGCGGGAUAGGAAAGACAACGCUUGCCAAGUUGGUCUACAAUGAUGAAAGGGUGCAGGAGCAUUUUGAGCGAAGAAUCUGGGUUUGUGUAUCUGAAAACUUUGAUGUGAAAAGGCUUAUGAAAGCAGUUAUAGAAUCUGUGACAGGGAAUAGAUGUUACCUUCAAGAGAUGGAAACAAUUCACCGUCAAGUUCAAGAACUGACAAUGGGGCAGAAAGUUUUACUAGUUUUGGAUGAUAUAUGGAAUGAUGAUCACGAAAAGUGGGAUAGAUUGAAGAAUUCUCUUAGGCAUGGUUCUGAAGGGAGCAAAAUCUUAGUAACAACUCGCAGUGAGAAGGUUGCACUGGUAAUGGGCAGCGUCACUAGUUACUGCUUAGAGGGUCUGUCAGAUGACGUCUGUUGGUCAUUGUUUGAACAACGAGCAUUCAGACGUGGAAAGCCAGAUGAAUCUUCAAAUAUAAUAGCAAUUGGAAAGGAAAUUGUGAAAAAGUGCAGGGGUGUGCCUUUGGCAGCAAAGGCUUUAGGAAGCGUAAUGUGCUUAAAGAAAAGGAGGAGUGAGUGGUUGUCUGUUAAAGACAGUGAAAUAUGGAAUAUUUUUGAGGAGGAAAAUGGAAUUUUAUCGGUGUUAAGGCUAAGCUAUGAUAACUUACCAUCACGUCUGAAGCAAUGUUUUGCUUAUUGCUCUCUGUUUCCGAAGGACUGGAGGAUCAACAAGGAGAAACUAAUCCAAUUGUGGAUGGCAGAAGGUUUUAUUCAAUCAUCUCAAGGAAAGUCACUGGAAGAAGUUGGGAGUGAGUAUUUCAAUGAACUAAUGUGGAGGUCUUUCUUUCAUAAUGCAACCAAAGACAGCAGUGGUAGCAUAGUGGCCUGUGAAAUGCAUCAUCUCCUUCAUGAUCUUGCAAAAUCUGUGGCUAGUACCAGUUGCUUGACAGUGGAUGCCGGCAGGAAAAUGCAUGUUCCUACCGGCACACGCUAUAUGUCAGUAGUUUGUACUGAGAAUAAACUCCGAGUGGGUUCUAAAAAAGCUUGCAAGUUGCGCUCUCUUCUUCUGUUACAUGGGCAGACGCAGAUUGUCAAAGUAUCUCGCAGUUUGAUCUUGAAAUUCAAAUCUUUGCGUAGUUUAUGUCUAAGCAGUACCAGAAUAAAAAAGUUGUCCAAGUCAAUUGGUGCAAUGAAACAUUUAAGGUACAUUGACCUCUCAAAUACCCUCCUCAAAAGGUUACCAAACUCUAUCUGUAGCCUUGUCAAUUUACAAUCUUUAGUUCUUACACAUUGCAACCGUCUGGAGAGUCUGCCUACAGGUAUGAGAAAGUUGAUCAACCUCAGGCAUCUAAAUCUAGAUGGAUGUGAACAGCUGACUGAACUGCCAAAGGGAAUUGGAGAGCUAAGCUUGCUUCGAACAUUACCAUUAUUCGUCGUUGGUCUGGAAACAGCAUGUAGCAUCGCUGAAUUGGAGAAUCUAGACCUCCAAGGAGAAUUGAAGAUCAAGAACCUUGAAAAUUUGAUGAAUGCAACACUUGCCAAGUGUGCUAAUUUGAAGGCAAAGAGAGAUCUCCAGUCAUUGAAGUUAUUGUGGGGGCAUACUGAUGAGCUGAAUGUAAGAGAAAAUGUUGAGCGUGUUAUUGAAGUCCUCCAACCAAAUUCUGAUGUAAGGAAGUUACUGAUUGAGAACUAUAUGGGCUCAAAAUUUCCCAGUUGGUUGAUGAAUCCAUCUGUCAUAAAUCUUGUAGAACUCUCAUUAAUCAGAUGCCAGAGAUGUGUGGAACUGCCACCACUACCAAAGCUACCAUUUCUUGAGGUUCUAACAAUUGAUGGAAUGGAUGCCACAAUGUAUUUCUGCAAUGAUUCCAGAGAAUAUUGUGUUACCAAAUUUUUGUUGCUCAAAAAAUUGGUAAUCAAGAAUAUGCAUAAUCUGUUAGGAUGGUCAGUCGUCGAAGGAAAUAUUGUACUUCCUUGCCUAGAGGAAUUGGUGAUUGAGAGUUGUCCGAGCUUGAUCAAACUGCCAGAUCUUCCAUCUAUCAAAUCUUUGAAGCUGGAUGAUUGUCGAUUUGACCUCUUAAGGAUGGCAGCAAAGAUAAGUUCUCUUUCCAAUCUCGUUAUGACUGACAUCUCUGAGCUAAUACAUUUGCCAGACGGUUUGCUCAAAAACAAUCCACAUUUGUUGUCUCUGGAAAUCAGAAACUGUACCCAGCUGAAAAAUCUUUUUCGUGAGCUUGAGAAUCUUAGUGCCCUUCAGUCAUUAAGCAUUACCGGCUGUCCGGAACUUGAAGCAUUGUCUGCAUUGGAAAGCCUCAGUUCUCUCAAAUCCUUGGUGAUAGAUAGCUGCAAUAUUCUAGCUUCAUAUCUAGAAGAUGGAUUAAGAGGUUUAAACUCUCUUCAACAUCUAUCACUAUCAAACUGUGAGGAGCUAGCAGCCUUGCCCGAUGCAAUGCAGCAUUUUACAAGUCUCAAAAUAUUGCACAUUUGGAGUUGUCCUCAAUUGGAGACUCUGCCUGAAUGGCUAGGAAACCUUGCUUCUCUCCGAGAGAUGGAACUUUGGUACUGUGAAAACUUGCGUUGUCUUCCAGAAUCCAUGACUCAACUUACUGCUCUUCAGUUUCUGUCAAUUUGGAGCUGUCCUCGCUUGACCGUGCUCUGUCAGAAAGAGGAAGGGACAGAAUGGCGCAAGAUACAGCACAUUCCAUUCAUCAAGAUAAAUGGUCCUUACAUUCAAGCCAUAAGGGCCUAACUGCUUGAAACAACAUAAUGGUGAACUAAAAGGGGGAGCAAAAGCAUCCCGUGCAGGAAGACCAUGGGUUUGUGCAUGCUUAAUUCGAGGUUUCCACGAUCAAAGUGAAGCUUGUGAAUUUGAAUCAAAAUGGAAAAAUUUC